AUGUGCUGCGUUACUCCCACAGUGUCUGGGAGACCAUUUCCUUCGCCUGCUCGCCGCCGAGCCAGCGGUCUCAGCAUCAGACCGGAGGCGGAGGAGGAGGAGAAGCAAGCUCUUCCGGCAACAGGAGCCAACAAAAUGCCUCCGGCGGCGGCGGCGGCGGUGGGGAUGCACCCUCAUCCCCCCUCCUUACGGAGUCCUCUUCUUCCACCG